GGUACCUGAGAUAAGCACACGCUCUGGACUCGAUCGGGAGACCAAGGUAUUGUCGUCCCACCACCACCACCACUACUACCCCCACCACCACCAUCACGACUGGCAUAUCAGGGGGCAUAUCAGCCUCGACGAAAAGACGGCGGCAUCAUGAACGAACCACCGCCGCCUGUGGAUAAGCCAACAUUGCGCCUGGCUGAGCUGCUGCGCAAUCCCGACGACCUCGACAAGCUUCCCUCCCUACGACAAGAAUUCACGCGCAAGAAGUCGACCAUUGACGCGCAGCUCAAGCAUGGUCUCUCCGAACAGCUGCAAAUCACCCAGCAGGGUAUGUCGUCGAUCCAGAAUGGCCAGCUGACGGUGCAGCUCAUCAAGGAGGAGAUGAUGAAGAUCGACAAGCUCUGCGCUGAAGCCCAGGGAAUGAUCGAGGACUUUCCCGAGAUCAACAAGAUGAGUGUCAUGCAGCGCAACUUUGCUGCCGUGGAGACGAUGAGCGAGAAGAUCCGCUCUUUUGGCCAGGAACUGCAAGAGCUGGAGCAACUGCUAAGGGAGGACGACGAAGACCUGGAGACUCAGCCCAAUCUGUUGGCCAUUCAUGCGGGUCUAUCCGAGCUACGAGAUAUGAGGGAUCGAGCAAUGGACCAGGUAAAAGGCAGUGCAGAAGGAGAGUUAGGCCUGGAAUUGAUUGAGAACUUACCGCUAGAGAGCGGAGUCACCUUGAGAGACCAUUUUACCAAGUUGGACGACGUCGUCGAGUGGUUUGACGAGCAUGUUGGACAGGCUUGUAUCAACUUGAUCGGUCUCAUCCAGGCGGGGAACCAGGGUCUGGUGGUUCGGCUGGGCUUGGUUAUCGAGGAGGAGGAGAAAAAGGAUCGACAGACCAAGGCAUUGCAGGAUGCGCAGCGAGAAUUCCAGGAUGUGGCACAGAGGUUCAAGAGCAUCAAUGUGGGACAGAGAGAACUACGAGGCUAUAAGAAGAAGUUCUUGCAGGCUAUCGAAUACAGUGCUGCCGCAAAAUUCGACCAAGUCAGACAGGCUUUCGACGAAGACCCGGGAAAACUUGAGAAGGCCUGCAGGUGGUUCUUCAAUGAUCUGAACACGGUGAAGCUGGGAAUGCAAGAUCUCAUGCCGAAGAAGUGGAAAAUCUUCAGGACCUUUUCCAACAUCUAUCAUAAACUCAUGCACGACUUCCUCGUGGGACGACUGGACGACAACAAUAUCACACCUGUACACAUGCUCGCGAUUCUCAAUUGGGUAGAGAAAUACUACAGCAAGAUGACACGCCUAGGCAUUCAACAAGAAGAUCUUGCGCCACAUGUGAUCGACGAUCGGGAGACUGAAUUGGUUCGCGAUUAUCGCAACCUCAUCACCAAAGCUGUAGAACAAUGGAUGGACCGUAUGGGAACUUCGGAUCGACGCACAUUCAUCUCUAGGGAAGAAGGAAGUUUGGAUCAGGACGCAAACGAUCAUCUUCAUACCAAGACAUUAGCUGACAUGUGGACGAUGCUUCGCGAGCAACUUUCAGUCGCAGAAUCCUCUGGUCGUCCAGAUGUAGUCGAAGGCGUCGUCGAUGCGAUGAUGCACGCCCUGCGGGAGAGACAACAAAUGUGGCAACGCCUGAUUGAUGAAGAAUACCGCAAAAUCGAGAGUGCAAUCGACCCUUCGACUCUGGAAGGGGUAGGCACAUUCCAAGAGUGGCUUGUUGCGAUAGCCAAUGACCAGAUUGCGAACAUUGACGAAGACUCUGGCUCUAUGUCUUUCCUCACACGAUUCAAACAGGACUACGAGCCACUCGUCAGUCCUGCGUAUGCUGUCACGAGUACGGCUGACCAUGAGAGUCUCACCAAUGGCUACGUCGAUCUUGCGACGCACUGCAUGUCCAUUUUUGCUGCCGUCAUCUUCGCGACAGAUAUCAAGCCCGUCCUCGCAGAAUUCUUCACACCGGUCUGGUAUCAGAAGAAGACCAUGGCUUCAAUUACUACCACUUUCGAAGAUUAUCUGAAAGACUUUACUGGAAUCCUACACCCCUCUCUCCAAGACAUAUUUAUCGAAGAGCUUUCUGAUGCCUUGCUUGUGCGUUAUCUCAGCUGCGUGCGCAACAAGGGAGUUAAGUUUCGCCGCUCGGAUCCCUUCACGGACAAGAUCAAAGAGGACGUCGUCACAGUGUUCGCAUUCUUCAGCCAGCAUCCCGAAACGUUUGACAUGAUCAAGGAUAAGUGGAGAGUCAUAUCUGCAUUCGGGGAUCUCUUGAGCGCGGACAAGGGGCCAGAGGUGACACGUGCGUUCGAAAAUAUGAAGAGUGCUUACUGGGAUGUGCAGAUUGGGUGGGUGGAAGCUGUCUUGAGGAGUCGGGAUGAUUAUGGAAGAGACAUGCUGAGUGGUGUCAAGAGUGCUGCUGCCGAAUGGAAUGGGGAGAGGGGAGGCGAAACAGUCAUGAGUAAGGUGAAGUGAACAGCGCACUUUUUGUUUAGGGAGAGUUUCAGCGAGGAGUCCGGCGUUUGGUCAAGGCAGCAGAUACCCAUCCAAUUUGUACAUAGCUCGCCCGUCGCGUACAACAGAAUAACAACAUCAUCAUCAUCG